UUAUUCAGGUUAGAAACACACAGAGCACGUUGAAAAGAAGUAGACUAUCGGUCGCAGGUUAAUUAACCAUAUUGUAAAAUGGUUUAGAUAUCAUCUUUUGCAACAAGAUUUAUGGAGAACAGUGAUAUACAGAAUACCUUUAAAUGUAAAGGAGAGAAAUUGUGAGCUGUUGUUGCCAUGGAAACAUCAACCAAGACAAAAAUGUUCACAUCAUGAAUGGCCUAACUGAACCCAAGUCUUCUGGGACACAUGUACAGUUAAUGUGGGAUGAUGAAGAGAAGAAGCAGUCUGCGAUGUUGCGCGACAUUGACAUUUGUGUGUGUUGUAUUCCUCAGUCUGAUGCAAGUGUACAAUUGGACAGUGUUCAAUUCGUCUCCCUCCACACAUGAAUAUUUGUCAAGUAAAAACCGUUUAAUAGCUGACAGACGUCAGCAUUAUAGGGCGAUAAAUGAGACACAAUCAAGUACAUUUAUCAAGAAAAAAGACAAUCAUAAUGAUGGCUACUCAGAAUAUGUUGUCAAGGAUAACAGCGACCCUUUCAUGAGGGACCAUUAUGACAUUAAAAAACUUCACAACCUCGGAGUGAUAAGGACCCCUGAGGACCAACGUUUAAGGGAUGAAGGUCACAGACAGCAUGCAUUCAACUUGCUGAUUAGUGACAGACUAGGAUUCCACAGGGCUAUUCCAGACAGCAGGAAUAAAAGGUGUGUCAAUGAGACCUACCCAGUUGACCUACCUGAAGCUUCUGUCAUUAUAUGUUACUUCAAUGAGGCCUGGUCAACCCUGUUUCGGACAGUGGUCAGUGUUCUUGACCGAUCACCCCAACGUUACAUCAAGGAGAUCAUUAUCGUGGAUGACACAAGUGAAAUGACUCAAUGGCGAGAUCCUAUCCGUACUUAUGUUGACAAGAACCUACCCAAAGUCAGAUAUGUCAAGACUCCAGAAAGGGCAGGGCUCAUCAGGGCACGUAUGUUUGGGGCCAGCCAGGCUUCUGGACAGGUGCUGAUAUUCCUGGACAGUCACUGUGAGGUAAACUUACACUGGAUAGAACCGCUGUUGUCAAGGAUCAAGGCGAGCAAGUCUACUGUGGCAGUCCCUGUUAUGGACAUCAUCAAUCCAGACACCAUGGAGUACGUCUCGUCCCCGCUAGUUAGGGGAGGUUUUAACUGGGGACUACACUACCGCUGGGACCAGCUCCCCGACAGAAUUAAACAAGUCAAGGAUUACCUAUCCAAACCUAUUGAGUCUCCCACUAUGGCUGGUGGUCUGUUUGCUAUAGACAGGCAGUACUUCAAUGAUAUGGGCCAGUACGAUGCUGGCAUGGACGUGUGGGGAGGUGAAAACCUGGAAAUAUCAUUCAGGAUAUGGCAGUGUGGGGGUAGACUAGAGAUAGUACCCUGCUCCAGAGUAGGACACAUCUUUCGUAAACGUCGUCCAUAUGGAUCUCCCAAAGGUCAAGAUACAACCUUAAAAAAUUCACUACGCCUGGCCCAUGUGUGGAUGGAUGAAUAUAAGGAGCAUUUCUUCAAGAUGAAUUCAGCUGCCAGGAAUAUGCCAUACGGAGACAUUUCUGACCGAGUGGUUCUCCGUAAACAGCUCGGAUGUAAAUCAUUUAAAUGGUACCUGGAAAACAUUUAUCCUGAACAGGUAUUGCCAACUGACAAGAAAGAUGCUCCUCUCUCCUUGGGGAAAUUCAAGCGCAAAGAGAAGGUGGCCUCCGCCCUUCGUGGCCAGAUAUAUCACCUACACUCCAGCCUGUGUGUCCAAUCGGAGUCGGAUGUGUUCACUAAGAAAGCCAUGCUUGUGCUGGAACCUUGUCAGGACUUUGGCAAGGAAUAUAAAUACCAGACCUGGUAUAAAUCAAAAGACGAUGAACUGUUGCUGAGUGACAUUUUGUGUCUUGAUGUAGAAAAUGUCUUUCAGGGCCGGUCCUUUGCCCGGCUAAUGAAAUGUCAUGGAAACGGAGGAUCUCAGUCCUGGACUAUCAAAAAGAACGGGUCUGUGAUGAUGCUGUAUAACCCAGCCACUGGUAAAUGUUUGCGAGGCUCCCAAGAUGAGAAUGGCUCGCCGCUCGACCUCGGUAUUUGUGAUGACACGCCGAGUCUCAGCUUCCAGUUCAGGAAACGACCAUCAAGGUCAAAUUAAAACUUGUGUGUGAAAAACAUAAUGCAACUCAGUUACUGAGAGAGAAAGAUGUCAGUUUCAGAUUAAUUUGUAUGUUCUGGGUGAGGGUCUGGGAUGUAUGUUUAAUUAUGGUAAAAUUAUUAGUUUUAUCCUAUCCACUCUCCAAAUUAAAAUCAAAUCCUCAUUGUUUUUGAUAAUCUGUGAGGAGUAUGGUAUUAAAUUAGGAUCUGAUGUUAUUUUGUUACUUGCUUAGACUAUGUAUGAAACUUCUUAGUUUCUCCAAAGAUAAAAAAAGGUAAGUCUUUGCUGAGAUAUUCUCCUUAUUGACUGAAAGUUAAGAUGAAUAAAUGGUGCCUGAGGUGGCGUUACUUGCCAAAUGUAAAACUGUCAGUCAGUCAUACACCAUUUUGACAAGCUUUUGAUGGUGACUUUGUAAAAUAACAUUGUCAUCUGGUUGUGAUGUCAUAGUAAAUGUCACUGAGCACACAUGGUUGAUAUGUUAACAACACAUUAGAAGGAUAUUCAAGAACGCAUAAAUUGAUGCUAAGUUUUUAUCUCUUAGUCCCACUUGUCCAAAGCCUGGUUAGCUUAAAGCAAAGGUAAAUGCAAAAAAUUCAUUCAGUGUAUUUCAAAAAUAUCGAAAUUUAAAACUAAAAUGAUCAGUAGAGGGAUUCAAAAGGGUAGUUUGAAAAUGAUAGACACCAAAAAUAUUUGUCAAUUUCUUUUUAAAUUUUUACAUUGAAGACAGGUUAAGCUUAUCAGGUGCAUGAAGUUGAACAACUAAUCCCUGUUUGAACAAUUUUAUGAGCAUUGUCCGAUAAUUCAGUAUUUCCUAUAAGCGUGUCAUCAAUAUAUGUAUUCUUUGAUGUCUUUGAUAUUCUUUGUCAUCAAUUAAUUAAUUUACCAAAGAAUUGUUACACUUUCCUCAGUGUGGAACACUGGACAAGUGUGACUUGUCAACGGUGGUAGCAUUGAUACUUUAUUUUAUCAAAGUACUCUCAACAUACUCCAAUGUUGCCAGUAAUUGUACAAAACACUUGUACUGGUAAGAUUAAAAUGCUGUUUUGCAGGGAAAUAUUCUUGCAAUGAUAUUGACUUUUGCCUUAGCAUCAAGGUUAAUACUUUCUAUUUGCUUUUAAGUUUGUUGCAAACUGUGUUAUUGUUUACAACUUGUGUAAAGAGUUUUGUUUUACUGCACCAAACUGCAGUAAACCACUUAGUUUUUGUUAUUUUACUUCCUCUGACAUAUUCAAGGAAAUAUAUUAAUUUGUAGAAUUAACAACUUGUUCCUCAUUUAAUAUGCUUAAAGAAAUGUUAACGAGAUGUUAAAAUUAGCAAUCAUCUCUGCUUGUGAAUUCACAUGCAAAAGAAUACUAAAAAUCCUCCGAAAAUGGGUGAUUAACAUCAGAAUAGAGUUUGUCAGUAAUGCAGAAUACAUGAACAUGAUACGGGUGGUUUAUUGUACUAACCACGGUAUUACAAGUUGCUAUAGUUAAUUGAUCUUAGUCAAUAUUGAUUUGCUUACGACUGGAUUGAAAUGAUAUAAGCUUUAUUGUGAAUGGCACAAGGCAAUUAAGAAUAUCUAAUUUUUAUUGAAUAGAGGAAUGAUGUUUGCUUUGUCAAAACUUGAACCAAUUUCAAUAUCAACGUUUCAAUAUCAGUUUCAAAGUAAUUUGAACCUCCGACAAUUUAUCACACCGCUGUGUUAAACAGUGAUUGCAUGGCCAUAUUAUAUUUACAUAAAUACUGAAUAUGUUGCUUGCAUAAUGUGACCUUGUACUUACCGUGAAAUAAGAUAUUUUCGUGGGGCCCAAAUUUCACGGUUUUGCGACAAAACACCAUUUCAUGGGUAGUAUACAUGAGUUUAUGGAUUACAAGUACCCACUCAAAGGGAGAGUUGCUUUAUGUUAAACUUGUAUUUACUUCAUAAGCCUAUGAAAUCGUGGAAGAAGAUAACCCACCAAAUCAAUAAAAUUAAAACCCCCACAAAAAGUAAUGAUUUUGCAGUAUUUGAUUGGUAUUUCAAUACUCCAAAUGUGAUGAUGCAAUAUGAAUUAUCAACCUAGUUUCUAUAUCAUGACAACAGUGUGGUAACUGAUGAUAGAUAUCCACUGUCAUUACAUUAUAAUCAGUAUGUCUUAACCCUUUCACCACUGUAGACCAAGAUGGACUCAUCUAGAUAAAUGCAUGGUAGAGUCUACUAAAGUUACAUAGGGUUGAAAAGGUUAAAGACCAGCGUGGUGUAAAUAAUUAAAUUCCUCUAAUGAACUUCUUGUCUGACACAUUCUUAAAAAGCUAGGAGCCAAAUUCUAACAACCUUUGUAUGAGUAUCUAUGGGCUUGUACAUGUUAACAAAUGUUAUCAAAUCCUCCCACAACCACAUUGGGUUUCCUUACUCCCAACUCAUUGGAUAACCCUACGAGGAGUUAGUUAACAUUGGUAACACCCUGGGCCUGAUUUCACUGACCAAUAGUAAACAUUGGUAACAUCCUGGGCCCGAUUUCAUUGACCAAUAGUUAACAUUGGUAACACCCUGGACCUGAUUUCACUGAUCAAUAGUUAACAUUGGUAACACCCUGGGCCCGAUUUGACUGACCAAUAGUAAACAUUGGUAACAUCCUGGGCCCGAUUUCAG